AUGUUGAGGUGUACCCUCACGCAUUUCAUAUUGGCAAUGCUGUAUGUUAAAACAUUAGCCCAAUCAGCAUUAUCGCGUGCUUGGGAAGAAACUUUCCCUGGGCAUGUGCCAUUCUGGGAAAAAUACACCACGGGACCGCAUGGUGUUGUCAUUCGUGGGUGGCAAUUCAGUCGAUGUGCAAGUGAACAGUGGACAAACUAUGUAGUGAAUGUUUCAAAUAUUGUCGUAUGGCCAGACUAUCCACGUUUCCCGGGACCUAUAUUUUUCAAUGUUACAAUGGAUGUAAGCGAAGAAUUACCGCAGGAUAAGAUCGAGAUGGAUGUCGAGGUAAGGCAUGCAGUAACGAAUAAACAAGGAUCAAAGGGCUGGCAGGUAAUUCCAUGCCAAGGUUGGAAUUUCAUCGACGGUUGCGAUGGAGUCGGUUCUUGUCGCUAUUGCGAUAUGCUGGACAAAUGUCAUGAAACGGUGAAAGCAGCGGAUAAAUAUAUAACUGAUCGGAAGGCGCACGAAUUCAUCCGACAAAAUAAGUUGUGUCCUCCGCCGAAAGGACAUUGGACGAUGACAUUUAGCAAAGUGUUCACAACUGAAGAUUUACCUAAAAGUUUCUUUGGACCAUUGCAAUCGAACGAGUACUGGCUAACGUUUUCAUUUUCGGAUGGCAAAGAUAAGAAACUUGGAUGUGCACGUCUUUGGAUCGAUGUAUGCAAGUAUCAUUUACAGGAUAAGCAGCAGAAAUGUUUACGAGACCCAAAUGCAUUCAAGAAUUUUAUCAACGAUAUCAGUAGCCAAGUGACACAGAUCAGACAACGGACCAGUUCAUCCUGA